CAUAUUCUCGUUCAUUGUGAAAACGCGACAGCCGUAACUGCAUUAUGGUUGUGAGGGAUAAGAGUAAAAAUUUAAGACAGGUUGAAGAGGGAGUGAGCUGGGUUGAGAGUUGGGUCUUGGAGAGAGGGAAAAAGAAAAAAUCCACGGCGUGGCUUCACCUUCGCCGUGGGUGGCCGGUGUCGAGUCCCGAGUGAGUGCGUGUGGUCCUAGCCCCUUAUACUUAUUGCGGGGGGAUGCGGCGUCGCCAACGACGCCAACACUUAUACUAUCUCGCAGGACGCGAGACGCCUUGCCCUCCAAGGAAGAAAAAGAAGUAUUUUAACAAGACGUAGGAAACAGAGGAGUACUCGAGCUCAUGAUUACCAAAAAAGAUGAUACUAUUGAUACAUUUGGCUGCUCUCUUAUCCUCUGCAAAAUUAGAAUUAGAUCGAAGCUAUACAGUAAAUGGUAACAACGAUAACAAAACAUGGAAUGACUUAGGUCGUCAUAGGAUUAAGGAUUCAAGUUAUCUAUUAGAUAGAUAUCCGCUUGGAGAAUUGCCGACAGAUUAUGUACAUUGUAAAAGGUCUGCAAAAUGCGUAAGGAUGAACAGUGUUGCGUGCAUGGGAACAAGACUACCUUACGAAACAACAACGCUAGAUUUAAUUCCAGAACACACGAGUCAAGCUAUGAUAAGGGAAAAGCUACAAAUGUUACAAAGCCUAAAACAUAUUCCUAAAUGUUGGGCUGUAGUACAACCAUUUUUAUGCUCUCUUUUUCUGCCAAAAUGUGUCAAUGAUACAGUCGAUCUACCUUCUCAAGAAAUGUGUAAAAUGGUAUCUGGGCCUUGCAGAAUUCUAUUUAAUCAUACAAUAUGGCCGAAUUUUAUUAAAUGUGAAGAUACUAAAUUAUUUCCUCGACUGUGUAAAAACGAUGUUCGCGAAUUAAAAUUUAAUACAACUUGGAAGUGCCUUUAUCCGUUAGUGCCGACUGAUAAUGCUCUUGCUAUUUUUGAAGGAGUAGAUGGUUGUGGAAUUCCAUGUAGUGAUCCCCUUUAUACACAUGAUGAACAAAAGCAAAUUCAUUCAUUUAUUUUUUGGGCAGCUGGUAUUUGUUGUUUGUUCAACCUGUUCACUGUGAUAACAUUUUUAAUUGAUUGGAGAAGUGCAAAUAAAUAUCCUGCAUUAGUUAUAUUUUAUAUAAAUUGUUGCUUUAUGGUUUCUUGUAUUGGAUGGCUUGCACAAUUCACACCAGGAAGUAGAGAUGUCAUUGUGUGUAGAAAAGAUGGUACUUUAAGAAUGAGUGAACCUAGUGGUGAAAACCUUUCAUGUGUGGUAAUAUUUGUUUUGGUAUAUUAUUCAUUAAUGGCAGCAAUGGUUUGGUUUGUAAUAUUAACUUAUACAUGGCAUAUGAGCUUCCAAGCACUUGGCAAAAUUCAAGAUAGAAUUGAUAAAAAAGGUGCUUAUUUUCACCUGCUCGCAUGGUGUUUGCCACUUAUGUUAACAGUAACAAUAAUGGCAUUGGGCGAAAUAGAUGGAAAUAAUGUAACAGGAAUAUGUUUUGUGGGUUACAAUAAUCAUGUUGUUAGAGCUUGGUUUGUACUUGGACCUGUUUUAACUGUUUUAUUGAUUGGAGGAUACUUUUUAUCUAGAGGUUUAAUAACAUUAAUUUGUUUAAAAAUAAGCAGCCAAGAAAUUAUAUCAGAAAGAGCAAGCUCUAAGAUUCGAGAAACUAUAGUAAGAAUGGGAUUGUUUUCAGUAUUUACAUUUGUUGCUGUAAUUGUAACAUUUUAUUGUCACUUGCACGACUUUGAACACUCUUCAGAAUGGAAACAAAGCUUUAGGGAUUAUAUGAUUUGUUCUAUAACAUCUAAGUAUGCAGAUGUAUCAGAAUGUAAAAUGAAAUCUAGACCCAGUGCUGCCAAGCUACAGUUACAUUUAUUAGCUUCAUUCUUUGCUGGUAUUUUAAUGUCAUCUUGGGUGUGGACAGGUUCAACAGUUGAUACUUGGAUAAGAUUUCUCAGAAGGACAUGUAAUCGUGAAACUGAGGAACCAGUCAAGUUAAAGAAACAUAAAGUGAUAGCUCAAGCAUUUGCAAAAAGAAAAAUGUUUAAUAAUGCAGGACGUUUAUCAAUUAGCUUUCACAAUACUCAUGAAGAUCCAGUUGGCUUAAAUUUUGAUCUUAAUUCUGUAGCUUCUCAAGAUUUUAGUUCAACAUGGGCAGCAGCUUUACCGAAAUUAGUAACAAGAAGAGGUGCAUUAGUUGGUGGAUCUGUAUCAAGUAAUCGUAGAAAUUCAACUGAUUCUCAGUACAGUUUUAGUUUACGUCGCGUAUCUGUAGAAUCUAGAAGAAAUUCUUGUGAUUCUCAAAUUGCUUUAUCUAUUAGUGAAAUAAAAGCCGAGCUAAAAACUAGCAGAGUUAAUAAAAAUAAUAAUAAAAGAAGGAAAAAGCUUCCGGAAAGAACAAGAAAAAGAUCUGAAGCGUAUAAAAGAGGAAGAAAAGAUUAUGAAAAAUCUAAAUCAGUUAAAAUUAUACCAUCCAUUCGAAGAGGCAGUACAACUUCACAAGAGAGUCAAUUAGGUGUUCAAAUUUUAUCUGCUCUGUCAUUUGGAACUGGUUCAAAUACCGUACCAUUGCAAGUACCAAACAUGAAAAGACGUGCAGGCUUAGACGAAGGAACAUUAGCUCUUAAGGAUGCUGAAAGAUUGUUACCAUUUUUAUUUCCAAGGCAAAGUGAUAGUGAUGAAAAUUUAAGUAGCGAAGAAAAACAAAAUGAUAUCAUCCAUAAAGAUAUUGACUUGGACGAUAGAAAUGAGAUGAAACAUAAUCAAGACAGCGAUAAUGAAGAUAGUCAAAUUGAAGAAAGCACAAAGAUGUUAGAAUUCGAGGAAAUUUGUGAUAGAAGUAAAAGCAAAAGCAAUAAGAGCUCUAAAAGUUUUAAUCGUAAUAAUGAUAAACGAAUUAGCACAGAAUGUCAAACAAAAUAUUUGAUUGAAGAUGAAACAGUUUUGAAACAUCUUUUUCACGAGUCAAAUGAUAUAAAAACAAAAGACGAUCUUGAAGGAAAAGAUAGAAAAUCAACUAAAAGUGACCUGGAAUCCAGUUUAUCAUCUUAUUGCCCAGAGUUCUCGAGAUUAAUACAGCUUGAUGGGCAAUCUAAUGCUAGAGAAAUUGCUACUCAAACUCUUCCACUUGAAAUAUUGGAAAUGGAAGCAUUAAAACAAAGUAUUGAUGAAAUCAUUAAUAGUCGUAAUUGUAGUUCAAAAGGAACGCAAAUUUCACCACAAAUGACAAAAAGCAAAAAACAACCAAAGUAAAAUGAGAAAAUUGUUUUUCUCAAAUAAUGC